UUUUGGGGAUCUUCCUAUCCAUAUCGAUGAUUGAUCACUGAUGAAUGAUCACGGCUCCGAACGACAGAGUUGCUCCCCGAUUCGACUCACGAGUCACGACUCAGAAUAGAAGGCCGAACCAAGAACCUCCCUCCUCUUUCUAAACCCACCAUCACCACCAACGCUACUUCCUUCUCGAGACAUAGCGCGUGGGUGCGCGUGCGCGUGCGCACUCUCUGCUCUUUAUCCUUUUGGCGGCUAUUCCAAUGUUUUUUCUUCUUGCAGCUAACUAACCGUCCCCGAUUCUCUUUCUUCGUUCUUUGCUCCCUCUCCACUCUCACCUGCACAAUAGAUUUCCAAGCUUCUCCGCCAUGCUAAUGGGUUUUCGCUCUUCCUAGUAUCAUCAAAAUGCUUUCCGUCAGGGAUUUGUGGAGGCGCCAUAGGAGGAAGGUUUUCAUUUCAGUUGGUGUUUUAGGAAGUGGGUAUCUUUUGUAUAAGCUUUAUGGUGCUCACAGGCGCAGGCUCGAUGCACUUGAGAGAGAACUCGCAAUUCAAAGGGAAAGUGAGGAGCUCAUGAAGGUUCAAAUGCAAGCUCACUUUGAGAAUAUUCAGACGAUUUCGGAUGUAAUGACACUGCCUCAUGCUAUGCACAACUUAAGCUGUCGCGUAGCAGAAGAGUUGGAUCUUUCUCAGCUUCUUGAGAGACUCCUACAAGGGAAGGGUCAACCAAACACUUUAACGCAAUCAGAGAAACUAAAUUUAUGGGAGAGACUCAAAAUUCUAAGUUUUACAAGAAUGGCGUUGUCAGUAUGGGCCACAACAAUGCUUAGUUUAUAUACGAAGGUUCAAGUAAAUAUUCUAGGAAGGCAUCUAUAUAUUGAUACUGCACGAAGAUUUGAAAGCUCUAGCACAACAGAGUUUAAAGGAAACCAGAUAUCACGCUUUAUAGGUCCUCUCCUGAAUGGAGUGCAGGUGACAGCACAAAUUCCUGAGAAAGGUGGAACAUUUGUGACUAAUAGAGAGCGAGAAAGUGGAGAUCUGGUUGAUAAAGAAGACCAGCAGAAAUUUCUAGGAACUGUUGAUUUUCUCUGUCAACAUGGCAUGCCUCCCUUGAUUUCAGAUAUGGAGGCGGCAACGCAAGAAGCUCUCAAAGGAAAGCAGCUGAGCCAUUUCUUCAACAGUACAGCACUACAUGAAACAAUAAUGCAGAUACUCAUCAUAUUCAUGAGCCAAGGGAGUCCACACUCCUGGAUAAAGUAUGUGAUGCCCGAGGAUUCUGCAACUUCCAGAAUUGAUGAUCCAGCUCCUUCUGAUGUGACGGAAUUUGAACAACUUAUGAUGGAAGCGCGAGCAGUGUUAUUAAGUGCUGAAUUUGGGAGCAUUAUAGAGAUAUGUAUGAAAGUGGUGGUGAAUGCAGUGGUGGAGCAGAUGGGAGCUAAAUUUAGAGGAGGAAGUAUAGCAACGGGGCUGCCUCUGGCGAGAGUCUUGCCUCAAGUUGCACAGAUGUGCCCUUUGCUCCUUGAAGAACCCAGCAAGAAUCAGUUCAUCAGAAUCAUUAAAUGUAUACCAGAGGUUGAACCAUUUUUCACUCGCCUCUAUGCAAAUAUGCCAAGUGCAUAUUGAUUAAGAUUUUAUGUUUCGAACAAAAGAGACAAAAGAUUCAAUUUAUUGCAUUGGAAGGUAUGUGGUAUUAGUGUACAAAUAUUCAAAAGGUGCAAAGAGAUUAGCGUUUAUCAGAAUCAGUAUAUGACAUUUCCCUUUGGUGUAUCAACUAUCAAGUGUUGUUGUAUGAUGCUGCUCCCCCUUUUGCUCUAACUAGGAGGCUUUUGGAGGAACCAGAAACCCGGCUUUAUUAGCGACUACAUCUAUGCUUCCUUUUCUUUCAGUAAUAUAAGUGACAUGAUUUCAUAAA